AACAGCUUCCUCUUCCCAGGCCAGAAUGACGUCUUCCAGUCCCCCACCAUAUGAGCCGGAAGUGCGUCAUGUUGAGGCGCCGAGGCGCUCGUUUGGCGCGCGCGCCGUUGGCGGCGGAUCUAAGCUGAGUUCUUGGAUCUUGUCUUGUUUCUCCCUGGCUUUUGACUUUUUCUGGACCCUGGUGUCUACGAUUUCCGAGAUGCCGUCUUCUUUGCUGGGCGCAGUGAUGCCGGCCUCUACAUCGGCCGCAGCCCUGCAGGAAGCUCUGGAAAAUGCUGGACGGCUCAUCGACCGUCAGUUGCAAGAGGACCGCAUGUACCCGGACCUUUCCGAGUUGCUUAUGGUGUCUGCCCCAAAUAAUCCCACUGUUUCUGGCAUGUCAGAUAUGGAUUAUCCUUUACAAGGACCUGGUUUGCUGUCUGUACCCAACCUUCCAGAGAUCAGUUCCAUCCGAAGAGUUCCUCUCCCACCUGAACUUGUUGAGCAGUUUGGACAUAUGCAGUGUAAUUGCAUGAUGGGUGUGUUCCCUCCUAUCAGCAGAGCCUGGCUCACAAUUGACAGUGAUAUAUUCAUGUGGAACUAUGAGGAUGGAGGAGACCUUGCCUAUUUUGAUGGACUUAGUGAGACUAUUCUUGCUGUGGGGCUUGUGAAACCAAAAGCUGGCAUCUUUCAACCUCAUGUACGACACCUCCUGGUUUUGGCGACCCCUGUAGACAUAGUAAUUCUUGGACUGAGCUAUGCUAAUUUGCAAACAGGUUCUGGAGUUCUUAAUGAUAGUAUGUCUGGUGGAAUGCAGUUGCUUCCAGAUCCUUUAUAUUCUCUUCCUACUGAUAAUACUUACCUUUUAACAAUAACUUCCACUGAUAAUGGCAGAAUUUUCUUGGCUGGAAAGGAUGGCUGUUUAUAUGAAGUAGCCUACCAGGCUGAAGCAGGGUGGUUUAGCCAAAGAUGUAGGAAAAUAAACCACUCAAAGAGCUCACUUUCUUUCCUUGUUCCUUCUUUGCUACAAUUCACAUUCUCAGAAGAUGAUCCUGUUCUUCAAAUUGCAAUUGAUAAUUCUAGAAAUAUUUUAUAUACACGAUCUGAGAAAGGAGUAAUACAGGUGUAUGAUUUGGGACAAGACGGACAAGGAAUGAGCAGAGUUGCCUCCGUGUCACAGAAUGCCAUUGUCUCUGCUGCUGGUAACAUUGCUAGGACCAUCGAUCGUUCUGUUUUUAAACCAAUUGUCCAAAUAGCAGUGAUUGAAAAUUCUGAAUCACUGGACUGCCAGUUAUUGGCUGUCACACAUGCAGGUGUAAGGUUAUAUUUCAGCACUUGUCCGUUCAGACAGCCAUUAGCACGGCCUAAUACACUGACGCUGAUUCACGUCCGCUUACCUCCUGGAUUCUCAGCAUCUUCAACCGUAGAAAAGCCUUCAAAAGUACAUAGAGCACUUUAUAGUAAAGGUAUUCUAUUGAUGGCAGCCUCAGAAAAUGAGGAUAAUGAUAUUUUAUGGUGUAUCAACCAUGAUACUUUCCCUUUCCAAAAGCCAAUGAUGGAAACCCAGAUGACAACCCGUGUUGAUGGUCAUUCCUGGGCUCUUUCUGCGAUAGAUGAAUUGAAAGUAGAUAAAAUAAUUACACCCUUAAACAAGGAUCAUAUUCCAAUAACUGAUUCACCAGUUGUUGUACAGCAGCACAUGUUACCUCCGAAGAAAUUUGUUCUCCUCUCAGCACAGGGGAGCCUUAUGUUUCAUAAACUUAGACCUGUAGAUCAACUGAGGCAUCUACUUGUGAGUAAUGUGGGUGGAGAUGGAGAAGAGAUUGAAAGAUUCUUUAAAUUACAUCAGGAAGACCAGGCUUGUGCUACUUGUCUUAUUCUUGCUUGCUCCACUGCUGCCUGUGACAGAGAAGUAUCUGCCUGGGCUACUCGGGCUUUCUUUAGGUAUGGUGGUGAAGCACAGAUGAGAUUUCCAACCACUCUUCCGCCUCCAAGUAAUGUUGGUCCCAUCUUGGGGUCUCCUGUCUAUUCUAGUUCUCCUGUUCCUAGUGGUAGUCCCUAUCCAAAUCCAUCCUUUUUGGGAACACCAUCUCAGGGUAUACAGCCUCCUGCCAUGUCAACUCCAGUGUGUGCUCUGGGAAACCCAGCAACUCAGGCCACAAAUAUGAGUUGUGUGACUGGACCAGAGAUUGUGUAUUCUGGAAAACACAAUGGUAUUUGCAUUUACUUUUCUCGGAUCAUGGGAAACAUUUGGGAUGCAAGCUUAGUUGUGGAGAGAAUAUUCAAGAGUGGCAACAGAGAGAUCACUGCAAUUGAAAGUAGUGUUCCCUGCCAACUGCUAGAGUCAGUGCUACAAGAACUAAAGGGUUUGCAGGAAUUUCUAGACAGAAAUUCCCAGUUUGCAGGAGGACCAUUAGGAAAUCCAAAUACUACUGCUAAAGUGCAGCAGAGGCUGAUAGGAUUCAUGCGUCCUGAAAACGGAAAUCCCCAGCAAAUGCAACAGGAGCUUCAGAGGAAGUUUCAUGAGGCUCAACUAAGUGAAAAGAUUUCACUUCAGGCAAUUCAGCAGCUGGUUCGAAAAUCAUAUCAGGCUCUGGCUUUAUGGAAACUUCUUUGUGAACAUCAAUUCACUGUCAUUGUGGCAGAACUUCAGAAGGAACUUCAAGAGCAGCUGAAGAUCACAACCUUUAAAGAUCUUGUAAUCAGGGACAAAGAACUCACAGGGGCAUUAAUUGCUUCUCUUAUCAACUGCUACAUCAGAGAUAAUGCCGCUGUUGAUGGCAUUAGUUUACAUUUGCAGGAUAUCUGCCCACUUCUGUAUAGCACUGAUGAUGCCAUUUGUUCCAAGGCAAAUGAGCUUCUCCAGCGUUCCCGACAAGUUCAAAAUAAGACUGAAAAAGAAAGAAUGUUAAGGGAAUCAUUAAAGGAAUAUCAAAAAAUUAGCAAUCAAGUGGACCUUUCCAAUGUUUGUGCUCAGUAUAGACAAGUGAGAUUUUAUGAGGGUGUGGUGGAACUUUCUCUUACGGCUGCAGAGAAAAAAGAUCCUCAAGGUCUUGGACUUCAUUUCUAUAAACAUGGAGAACCAGAAGAAGAUAUAGUUGGACUUCAGGCCUUCCAAGAAAGAUUAAACAGUUACAAGUGCAUUACAGACACACUUCAAGAACUGGUAAAUCAAAGUAAGGCCGCUCCUCAGUCUCCCAGUGUACCCAAAAAACCUGGUCCUCCAGUAUUGUCAUCUGAUCCAAAUAUGCUGAGUAAUGAAGAAGCAGGACAUCAUUUUGAACAAAUGCUUAAAUUGUCACAGCGAUCCAAGGAUGAGCUCUUUAGUAUUGCCCUUUAUAAUUGGCUAAUACAAGCUGACCUUGCAGAUAAGCUGCUACAGGUUGCUUCUCCAUUUCUGGAGCCCCAUCUAGUCCGAAUGGCCAAAGUUGAUCAAAACAGAGUUCGUUAUAUGGAUUUACUCUGGCGGUAUUACGAGAAGAAUAGAAGUUUCAGUAAUGCUGCUCGUGUACUGUCCAGACUGGCUGACAUGCAUAGGUAUGGCAUAAUAUUUUCAUUGAAUUCACCAUCGAAGCUAUUGAUUAAUUUGAGAAAAAUGGAGGUUGCUAGGAUCCAACUUCAGAUACAAGAAACACUACAAAGGCAGUAUUCCCAUCAUUCUUCUGUACAGGAUGCAGUGUCUCAGCUGGAUUCUGAGCUGAUGGACAUAACUAAGCUUUAUGGGGAAUUUGCUGACCCAUUUAAACUUGCAGAGUGUAAACUUGCAAUAAUUCAUUGUGCCGGUUAUUCAGACCCUAUAUUGGUGCAGACACUUUGGCAAGAUAUCAUAGAGAAAGAACUGAAUGACAGUGUGACAUUGAGCUCCUCAGAUAGAAUGCAUGCUCUUAGUCUCAAGAUUGUUCUGCUUGGCAAAAUUUAUGCCGGCACACCACGCUUCUUUCCUUUAGAUUUUAUUGUACAGUUUUUAGAACAGCAGGUUUGUUCUUUGAACUGGGAUGUGGGCUUCGUAAUACAGACAAUGAAUGAAAUUGGAGUACCAUUACCUAGACUACUAGAAGUUUAUGAUCAGUUGUUCAAAUCACGGGAUCCAUUCUGGAAUAGAAUGAAGAAGCCACUGCACCUUUUGGAUUGUAUACAUGUAUUAUUGACAAGAUAUGUUGAGAAUCCCAGCCAAGUUUUAAAUUGUGAAAGGAGAAGAUUUACAAAUCUCUGCCUGGAUGCUGUUUGUGGUUACCUUGUUGAGCUCCAGUCUAUGAGCUCGUCAGUAGCAGUACAAGCCAUCACUGGGAAUUUUAAAUCUCUUCAGGCUAAAUUAGAACGGCUUCAUUAAUUACUGUGAUAUACUUUCAUCCAUUUUGUGAUCUGUAAAAUAAAAACUCAGCUGGGUCCAGA